AUGGCAGUGACUCAGUCGUGCGACUCACCACCCGUCGAGGCCGUGCCGCCGGUGGCGGACCUGGAAAAGCUCAGCCUCGCGGCCAGCGCUGAAGUCGUCCCUCCGCAUAGAUCGCAUGACCCGGCGAACAACUUGAAGAGGACCGACCCGUUUCAGUUUGGCAGCCGCUACCUGACGGAGCAAGACAACGUCUACGAGUUCAACGCCUGGGACCAUGUGGAAACUGACGAUGCAUACAAGGAGUAUACGGAGCAGCAGCUUGAAAAGCAGCGCCAGGCCCCUGUUUCUGACUUUGAUAAGAGCAGAUUUAACGGUAACCCUGAAAAGUGGUGGAAUCUCUUCUACAAAAACAAUACUGCGAACUUUUUCAAAAACCGAAAAUGGCUACAGCAGGAAUUCCCAAUUCUGGCCACCGUAACCGCCGAAGACGCCGGACCGAAAGUUAUUCUCGAAAUCGGUGCCGGUGCAGGCAACACGGCCUUUCCCAUCCUCGCCAACAACAAGAAUCCCCACCUCAAGAUCCACGCGUGCGACUUCUCCAAGACGGCCGUAGAAGUCAUGCGCAAGCAUGAAGAGUACGAGUCGGCGCAGAUCCAGGCCGACGUCUGGGACGUGGCCGGCGCGGAGCUGCCGCCCGACCUUGAGGAAGGAUCUGUAGACGUGGCCAUCCUAAUCUUCAUCUUCUCAGCGCUGUCGCCGCGCGAGUGGUCGCGCGCGGUGCGCAACGUGCACCGGCUGCUGCGACCCGGCGGCACCGUGCUCUUCCGCGACUACGGCCGCGGUGACCUCGCGCAGGUGCGCUUCCGCAAGGGCCGCUACUUGGAGGAGAACUUUUACAUCCGCGGCGACGGCACGCGCGUCUACUUCUUCGACCGUGACCAGCUGGCCGACAUUUGGUUGGGGAAGCGGGCGGAGGGGGAUGGCGAGGGAGAGGAGGACACAACCCCCACGUUUUCGAUCGACCUUCUCGGCGUCGACCGUCGGUUGCUGGUCAACCGCGCGGAGCAGAAGAAGAUGUACCGAUGCUGGCUGCAAGGACACUUCACCAAACAAUAG